AGUGCUUUCAGUCGAAGUCUUUUCUCUGACAUUAGUUUGGCGUGCGGAAAGAUCGUCGCCCAACCAACGUCACUUAAAAAAAAACACAAAGCAUUUGUUGUCAAACUAUUUAUUACGUAUUUUUAAGACAUUUGAGAAGACAAACAAUUGAGUUGGCUUGUGUUUUUAUUUUUGUUUUGGUGGAUUUAAUAAACUUUGAUAAAAUUGUUUAUUUGUUUAAGCCGUUUUCCUGCAGGCAUCUGUACAAGAACAUAUAUUUAUCUUAAUUUGAAACGGGAUAAAAGAAAAAUAAUUAAAAUCAUGGGAAAACUUCGAAUCUUAUUCAUUUGUAUCGGUAAUACUUGUCGCUCACCCAUGGCGGAGGGGAUAAUGAGACAUUUGGUUUUGAAAAAUCAAUUGGAUUGGAUCUGUGAUAGCGCUGCCCUACGUUCAUGGAAUGUGGGCAGGAAACCAGAAGGACGCUGCUUAAAGGUGCUAGACGAUCACGGCAUUAAAUUGAGCCACUAUGGAAGAAUGAUAACUCCUGAAGAUUUCAAAAAAUUUGACUUCAUUUUGGGCAUGGAUGAGAGCAAUCUAAGUGAACUUGAAGUUAUGGCUGAUAUAGCGGGGAAAGAUUGUCGAGCUAAAGUGGGUUUGUUGGGAACCUAUUUGGAUAAUUACGAAAUGGAAAUCAUAAAGGAUCCAUAUUUUAGUAAAGGCAUGGCUGCGUUCUGUACAACUUUUGAUCAAAUUUUCGAAAGUUGUCAGAAAUUUGUGGAGAAACAUCGUCACGACAAUUUCGAGCAUGAGGAUGAAGAUCAGCCAAUGGAAGCAGCACAACAUUAGGGCAUUUCCCUUAAAAUAAAAUCCCUAAAACAGAGGCUUACAAUUAAAUUGUAUCUAAAAACAUUUUUUUUUCACUUUAUAACAAAAUUCUCUUUAGUGUAGCAUAAAUUAGGAAAAAUAUAUACUCUAAACAAACAAUAAAAUACCCCCCUCUUGCUAAACUACUAAA